AUGUCGGGUAACAAGCCGGAAGGCCAGAGACUGAAGUUCAUCAUCUUCAAGGUCUCCGACGACCAGAAGACCAUCGAGAUUGAAGAGGCCUCUACCGACCCCAAUUAUGAGACUUUCCGCAACAAGCUCGCCGAAGUCAAGGAGGCCAACGGAAAACCUGCACCUCGUUACGCUGUCUAUGAUGUCGAGUAUGAACACGAGGGCAAGAGAAACAAGAUCGUCUUCAUCUCUUGGGUUCCCAGCGGUUGUAACAUUCGCUCGUCCAUGAUCUACGCCAGCAGCCGUGAGGGCUUCAAGACCGCCCUCAAUGUCAGCAAUUCCAUCCAAGCCGACGACAAGGACGAAAUUGAAUGGAAGAACAUUGUGAGCGAAGCCAGCGGUGGCAAGGUUAAAGCAUAA